GCCAGUACUGCAGUGCGGUGGGGGUGUGGCUCGUUGCUCUGUUAUUCUUUCAUGAUGAGUAAUUUUUUUGAUAAAAUGAAACAGUCCAGGACUGAGAAAGAGAGGCUGGUCUUUGGUGAUCCAAGGAAAGCAGCUCAAGUGUCUAAACUAGCUUUAUGGAGGAAAGUCUGCUAUGCUGUUGGAUCAAUGCCUUAUGCAAUGUGUAAUACUGUCAUUGGAUACUACUUUACUUUCUUCCUCCUUGAAGUGGCACUGCUUGACCCCACCUAUGCUCUUAUGAUUGUGCUAUUGGGGAGGGUGUGGGACGGUAUCUCUGACCCAAUUUGUGGCUACCUCUGCAGUAGAACAAAGACUAAACUAGGACAGUUUAGACCAUGGUUACUGCUCUCAGCGUUUCCAACUGCAAUUGUUUAUUUCUGUUUGUGGUAUGUCCCACAUUUUGAGGAAGAUGUCUUCAAUUUUUUGUAUUAUUUGAUAAUGUACUUUUUGUUACAAACUUUAUUGACGUGUGUUCACGUUCCUUAUACUGCCCUAACAAUGCACUUGUCUUAUAAUCAAAAAGAAAUCGAUUCAGUCACACUUUACAGGGUCAUUUUUGAGAUGUUUGGUACAUUGCUUGGUAUUGGGAUCUAUACUGUAUCUUUUACAAUAUUUGUACGUGGAGCUGACGAUGAUUGUGUUAACGGAAUUAAAGGAAGAGAUAUAGAAAAGGAGAGGGCAUUCCGGUAUCAUGCUGCAUUCCUAGGUGUGCUCAUUGUGCUAAUGAUACUGACCACAUUCUUUACUGUCAGGGAACAGAAAGAAAUGACAAAGGAAAAGACUAAACUCUCCAUAAAAGAAAUCCUGAAGGAGACCUGGUCAUUUAAACCUUACAGGUAUCUCUUCUUCAUUGAGCUCUUCUCGUGGCUCGCUGUACAGUUUGGACAGGGAAAUUUCACUUUUUAUGCAAAAUAUGUAUUAAAGUUGGAUAGGACUCUACCCUAUGUCAUAUUCCUGUUGAUGAUUAUUAAUAUAUUCUGGUUGCCAAUAUGGCAGCUCAUACUGAGUAGAAUUGGAAAGAAGACAGCCUUUGUGCUCGGAGCCUGGAUAUUGAUGCCUUCCUUCCUGUCCCUACUGUACCUCGGCUACUAUCCUAAUCUGGUAUGGGUACUUGGGGUCGUUAUAGGAGGAGGCAUAUCGGCUGCUUAUCUGUUACCAUGGUCCAUGUUGCCUGAUGUUGUUGAUGACGCGUCACUCAAGACCGGAAUCAGAAGAGAGGAGCUCUUUUAUUCUUUUUUUGUGUUUGGUAAUAAAUUCAGCUCAGGAAUAACAUUAGGAAUAUCCACUGGAGUAUACAAGUUGGCAGGUUAUGAUCAGUUAGCAUGUGUCCAGCCGUGGACUGUCCCUCUCUUAUUCAAGUUAUUAGUUUCCUGUCCUCCGGUUAUUUUUAUUUUAAUUUCUCUCAUUUUUCUUUGGCGGUAUCCAAUAAAUGAAGAGAGAAGGGCAGAAAUUAAAGAAAAGCUACAAAAGAAAAGACAAACUGUCAAAGAGUCUGUGGACGACAGCAUAUACAGUCCAUCCAGUAGAACUGGGUAUGCCUCUAAUGAAGAUAGGGACAGCGACUUUGGUGAGAGUUCCUUCACUUUACAAGGAAAAUUAAAAAAUAAUAAAACUGAUACUAGUGCUAGAUCAUAAUAAUCAUUAAAUACUGUGUGUUUGUGCUUAACAAUUAAGUUCUUUAUUAUUUUCUAUUUUGUAAUUCAUCUACACUUUUCACACACUUUGAUUUUAUCUAAACUUUAGAUGAAAUUUUUAAGUAAUUAUUGUUACUACAGUAUCAACUGCAACUGAA